GAAUGCGACGACCUCGAUUAUUGUGACUCGGAACGAUUGGAGGCGCAGAGGACCCGAUAACUCAGCCGCUCUGAAACAUAAAAGCAUCUUUACACUAGUGGAUGGUGCGUGUCCCACGCGAGGAGCAACCGCGAAUGGACCUUUGAUACAUGGCAUCUUUGGAUGUUGUGGAUCACAGUGCUUGAAGUGGUCAGCGAGGGAGAUUAUGUAUAGAAGGUUUAAGCGGCUGAGAUACCCCGUCGUCACUAUCGCUAUGACCCCCCUCACACCAUCAUCAUCAUCAUCAUCAUCAUCAUCAUCAUAUAAUUCUUCUCUUUGGCUAGAAAGAAGAUACUCUUUGUUUUACUUUGCAAUUUGGUUUGGACCGGAAUCGAUAGCUAUUUUGCGUGCAUGGCCUGGGAACAAAACAUGGGCAGAGAACAGCAUGUAUUGGAUGAACUUGUUUGAUUUUAUUUUUUCUUGUGUUGAUACCCAUCGUCGCAGCGGCAUUGGAUUUUUCAUAUGCUGUGGAACAGAACCGGGUAAAUUAAGCUUCAUGCAAUUGGGUUACAGUCAUGAUAGACAGUGAGACAGACAAAUACACAGAGAUGAGACAUGAUACUAGUCAUUGAGGCAGGCACUCGGUCACCCCGGUCGCAUUGACGCUUUUCCUCUUUGCUUCUUAACAUUUAAUGUAGUGGGUAUCUGUUCGAG